AGUGUGUGUGCAGGAGAUGACUCGAGCAGAGAGAGCUACUUUUUCAUAAAACGGGAGUGAAGUAGUAGACUUACAGGAGCAUAUACCACUACCAACGAUUGGAUUGAUAUCUGCAUCGACCUGCACACCCUUUGUCUCCUGGAUCGUAGCUCAGAUCAGCGUGAACAACGUGGGUCUCUGCUCCCUGAUCUGUUUCCUCGGUUUGGAAAAACUUCCAGUUUCAUCACGGAGUUUCUCUCGGUUUGUGGGCUCAUCUAAAGCACAAAGAGAGAGAGCGAGAGGAACAGAGAGGGAGAUGGAGAAUGAGGACAGAACAGAGAUGGAACAAGAGCAGCUGAGAGUCUGGUGGAGCAGCAGAGGAACAAGUUCAGCCAUUUGGACUCAGCUCAGCCACUACAGAGGAAACAAUGACUUCAACACAAAAGGACCAUCAUGGAGCAAGAAGUCAGCGCUCUCAGGAGGCCGACAAACCUCACAGAAGAAAGGGAGAGACAACAUACAGAUGUGAUGAGUGUGGGAAGUCUUUUACCCAGGCUGGACACUUAAAAACACACCAACUCAUCCACAGUGGAUUUAAACCUUACAGCUGUGACUUGUGUGGAAAGUCUUUUACCCGGGCUGGAGACUUGAAAAAACACCAACUCAUCCACAGUGGAGUUAAACCGUACAGCUGUGACUUGUGUGGAAAGUCUUUUAACCGGGCUGGAGACUUAAAAAGACACCAAGUCAUCCACAGUGGAGUUAAAGCAUACAGCUGUGACUUGUGUGGAAAAUGUUUUGCCCUGGCUCACAGCUUAAAAACCCACCAACUCAUCCACAGUGGAUUUAAAGCGUACAGCUGUGAGUUGUGUGGAAAGUCUUUUACCCAGGCUGAAAACUUAAAAGCACACCAACUCAUCCACAGUGGAGUUAAACCGUACAGCUGUGACUUGUGUGGAAAGUCUUUUACCCGGGCUGGAGACUUAAAAACACACCAAGUCAUCCACAGUGGAGUUAAACCGUACAGCUGUGACUUGUGUGGAAAGUCUUUUUAUGGGGCUAAAAACUUAAAAGCACACCAAGUCAUCCACAGUGGAGUUAAACCGUACAGCUGUGACUUGUGUGGAAAGUUUUUUACCUGGGUUGGAGACUUAAAAAAACACCAACUCAUCCACAGUGGAGUUAAACCUUACAACUGUGACUUGUGUGGAAAGUCUUUUACCCUCGCUCACAGCUUAAAAAAUCACCAACUCAUCCACAGUGGAAUUAAAGCGUCCAGGUGUGACUUGUGUGGAAAGUCUUUUUCCCUGGCUCAAAGCUUAAAAAGACACCAACUCAUCCACAGUGGAGUUAAAGCGUACAGCUGUGACUUGUGUGGAAAGUCUUUUACCGAGGCUGGAGGCUUAAAAACACAUCGACUCAUCCACAGUGGAUUUAAACCUUACAGCUGUGACUUGUGUGGAAAGUCUUUUACCCAGGCUGGAAGCUUAAAAAGACACCAACUCAUCCACAGUGGAGUUAAACCUUACAGCUGUGACUUGUGUGGUAAAGCCUUUGCUCAAAGUAGAAAGUUACAGAAGCAUCUAGUUACCCACUCUGGAAUUAAGGCGUACAGCUGCGACUUUUGUGGAAAAACUUUCAGUGAAAAAAAGUACCAAAAUAUUCACCUGCGGAUUCACACUGGAAAUGAUGCUUCCUGCUGUGAUCAUUGUGGAAAACUGUUUACAACAGAUGCACAAUUACAACAACACAUGUUUACCCACACUGAGGAGAGACCUUAUAAAUGUGACCUGUGUGAGAAGAGUUUUAAAGCUCCACAUCACCUGAAAAAACACCAACAGAUCCACACCAGAAAGUAACUCUACAAGUGCAGUUACUGUGAGAAGCAGAGCGAUGCAGAUGGAUCCAGUUCUCAACCCUUUCGUCACUGUGGUGGUAGUAAAGCGUUUCUCUGUGACCUUUUUGGAAA